ACACAGCACACGCGGAAGCUCAGUGGCCCCCAAGCCAGGAUGGUCGACACCUGGGUCCCUGGCCUUGCACGCACCUUGCUGCUCAGCCUCCUGGCCAGCCCCCAACAGGGGUCAGCCAGUUGUGAUGUCUUCUUACACUGCCCUGAAGGAAUCAAGUGCUGUGGUGAUAGCUGCUGCCCAGAAUAUGGGAUCUUCCCCACCCCCUUGAGGAUCUUCAUCAUCAUCUUCCUCAUCUUCGUGUCCCUCGUGUGCAUUUAUGCCCUGGCUAAGUGCUUCUGUCGAGACUGCAGAAAGCCGGAGCAGGCCCCCCCGAUGGACCACAAUGGGCCCCUGGAGCUGCCCUCCAUCACUUCCCCGGGGAUGGUCAGGGCAUCCACCUCUGAGUCCCCACCCCCUUACAGCCAGGUUAUCCUGAAGCCUGUCCUGGAUCCCCUCCCCACGGAGCCGCCCCCUCCCUACAGCAUCUUGCCUGAAGAAUAUCCUGGGGUCCACAGGGGCAUCGACAACCCAGCCUUCUGAGCCUGGGGAAUCCUGUCCCCAGCCACCACCGCCCUGUGACUCUUGGAUCAAACCAGAGACUUCUGGGAUCCGGAAAGCCCCCGCCCACCCUGCCAUGUCUCUGGUCAUUUCUGGCUUUAACUUAUUGCUCUUCCUGCCCCUGUUCAACCCCAACUGCCUGCCUUGUCCCCAGUGUCACCCGCCAACGUAGAGGCUGCCAGGGAGAAAUGCCAACAUCGGACGUGCCCUACAGUGGAACGGGCUUCCCUGAGGGGUAGAGAGAACCCAUUUCUGGAGGUACAGCCAGCUCUGAGAUGUUUUAUGGAGAGCCCAUCUGCACUGCGGGAAGUUGGACUGGAUGGCUCAGAGCACCUUCCAGUUGGCGUUGAAUAGAGAAGGCCCCAUUGUACCCACCCUACCCCCCAGCCUCCCAUCUGCACAAGACAUGCCAGUUGCUGCCGAGAGUCUGCCUCUGUCUGUGUAGGGAGGUGAGCGGAAGGUGCGCCCAGACACUGCCAGGGGUGUUUUGGGGGGGGGGGGUCACUGCACCUGAAUUCCCUCCACUGCCAGGACUUCAGGGCUCCUUCACGGUUUACCUGGGAGGACAGUACAUGCGUGAGCUACCCUCGGGGAGAGGCCCUUUGCAGAUGCUUUGAUCUCAGGUUCCUUGAGGUUGCUGGGUGCUAAAGAGCCUGGAAUGGGAGCUGGGAAUGGGGUAGGAGUGACCAUUCUGUGGACUCUCUGAUCCCAUCCUCCCACUGCCUGCCCUGGGAGACGUGGGACUCUCUCUCUGAUUCUCUUACCUUGAGUUGGAUGAGAACCUGGGGGGAUCUGAGGGGACCCAGGAAGGGGUAGAAA